CACAACAACAGUUUGAGUAGUCUAUCUAAGUAAUCAAUUAAAAUGAACAAAUGAAUUAUAACAGGGUUGUCAUUGUACAAUUGUUGUGAAGUAGACCAACUGAUGUUGUAAAAGGUUGAAGCAGAAGCUUUUUUUCCCCAUGAUGCGUAAAAACAAGUAGACAAGAUAAACUAAAGAAAAUACAUAAAAACUAAAAAGUUGUAUUCACAAAAUAAAGCUAAAGUAUAAACAAAUUAAACCAUACGAAGGAAUAAAAAAUACGAAAUGACUAAACAAUAAUAAAAAUCAAUAGUAAUGGAUUAAUCAAAAAUCAAAUUAUAAAUAUUCAGUUAAGUCUUGACAAAAACAACAACAAAAAGCAGCAUCCAAAGUUAUAACCUUUAGAGAUUUUUAGAACAGUCAGUCAAGAACCUUUAAUUAACCAGAUAGGUCGAUUGAGAAGUUCUCAUUGACGAUGACGAUCUGGCCAGAGGCAGCAGCAACAGACACAUAGUCAGUUUUACAGAAACAUACAAGAUAAAAAUAAGAAAACAGCUACAAAUAUGUAUGUUCAAGCAAUCAAAAUGACUUAAAACAAUCUUUAAGAACUUUGUGACUCCAGACUUUCAAAGUGUAUGAAACUGAUCUGAACCCUCCAGUGGAGGGGAAAUCCAGCCCCUCUACCUGACACGUAUGUCACAAGUGGUGGCUUCAUCCUUUAUUAUAGGAUAAGGAUAUCAUGCCUGUAGCUACAUGUUGCUCAUCUGUCUUUAGUAAGCUUUUACAUGAUUGGACGUUUGCUCCAAAGCAGGAGGAGCUAGACUUGUAUUUUAACUGAAUAGACACCACAUGUUUUAGGAAAAGGUGACAUGAGAGUGUUUUUGGGAAUCAAAAAUAAGUGUUGAGAUAGUAAAACACUGUGAGAAGGGCUUUGAUGAACAUAUUGAGAAUGGACGGCGUGAAGUGGUUGAUGAUUUUUGUCUCUCUGGGCAUCUGCUCACAGACUGCAGCACAAUCCGCUAUCCAAGUUUCCAAGUUCUCUGCAACAUCCAAGACUGUGAUUCUCAGAUGGACCAAGUAUACCGGAGCCACCUCAUACCGGAUCACUGCUGCCCUCAAAAGCUCACCAAACGUUCCCGUUGCUUUUUCGACGUUUGGUACAAACACAGUGAUGGGCUCCAUCAGCUCCCUUUCCCAAAGUGUCACAUAUAUCUUCACCAUAGAAGCUUUGGAUGGUAACCAGGCAGUCCUGAGCACCGCAUCAAUCGAGACAGAGACAGCUCCUGAUAUGAUGGAUCCCAUCAGUGGCGUUAGCUCCAAGGAUAGCAGGGCCUUGGUGGCGGAUUUCAACCUGAAGACAGGGGCGACUUAUUACAUCAUACGAGUUGAGAACGCCAAUGGCUUCUUCAGAGAAGAUGCAGUGCUUUCCUCCCCUGCUGAGAUCAAGAAUCUGACACCAUACACUGAGUAUUCGCUCAGCAUCAUGGCUGCCAACAAUGGAGGCCGCAGCCAGCCAUCGCUUCCUGUGACUGCAAAGACAGCGCUACCUCCUCCCCAGCUCUCCACCUCGUCUCCCAGCAAUGACAGCAUCGUUGUAACCUGGCCUCCCGUUGCUCAUGCUGUCCAGUACACUGUGUCAAUAUCCAUGUUUGACUUCAGCUCUGAGAUGAAUUACAACACAUCCAACACCAGUCUGACCUUCCCUGGCCUGGAUGCUGGAGCUCUCUACAUCAUCGCAGGAUCGGCUUGGGACCCCGAGGGCCGAAACGGAGAAAGCAGUUUGAAUAUCAGCCAAAAAACACGACCUCCAAAACCAUCUUCUGUAAAUGUCUCAGUGGUGAUGAGUAACAACGCGGCUGGACUCUUGGUGUACUGGGAGCUCAGCCAGGAGGUUUAUGGAACCAUUGAGUAUCAGGUGGCGAGUGACCACAACAAAACCUGCAACAGCAAUUCCACUUCCUGCACCCUGUCUCCGGUGGGCUGUGGAGAAGUUCACACCGUCCAGGUCACGGCAUUCAACGAGGCUGGACCCAGCUGCCCAUCCACCCCAGUGGUAUUCAUCACCUUCCCCUGCCCGCCAGACUCUCUGGCUCUUGUGCAAUCAGCAGGAGGAAACUGCACACUGAUGUGGAGCACGGUGCCGUACGCAGACAGCUACAGGGCCUUCAUCACUACAGGUGACGGUAGUGAAGAGACCUGCAACACCGGCAUCAACUGCACCUACAGCUGCCAAUGUGGCUACACCUACCUGAUGUCUGUGUUGGCCUACAAUCACGCUGGCAGCAGUCCUCCAGGGAAAGUCCUCAACCACACCACCCUCCCCUGCUGUCCAGAUAGUGUGUCUGUCUCUGCGGUGAGUACCGACACCCUGGAGAUCUCUUGGGCAGCUUCACGAGGGGCCAUUCUGUAUCAGACUCAGGCUGCAGACAGUUCAGGGGUCGUCCUCUGUAAUGACACAGCAUCAGUGUGCGCCCUCUCUGAUCUAACCUGCGACAGCUCCUACAGCGUGGUUGUGAUGCCCUGUAGCGAAAUCAGUGGAUGCAAUCAUGCUUGUGAAGCUCACACCAGAGACACGGCUCCAUGCAUGCCAACAAAUCUUAAUGUAAGUCCCAAAACCUCCACCUCGGUCAGCGUCAGCUGGACAGCCAACAACAGGGCGGCUACUUACACAGCGAGUGCAGACGGAGGUUCCAGCAGACACACCUGCACCACCCCUGGAAGCAGCUGUGACAUUGCAGACCUUUCUUGUGGCUCCGCCUACAAGUUCAGCGUCUCUGCAGCCAGCAGCGCCGGCCAGAGUUUACCCAGCUACUCUGUCUCACUGGAAACAGAGCCAUGUUGUCCAGCGUCUUUAGCGGUGGAACAGGUGACUGUGGCAAUGACCAACAUCUCGUGGUCUCAAGCCAACGGCGCACACUCCUUCAUCACCUCUCUGACGUCACCGCGUGGUCACGCCCGCUGCCACACCCGGGAUUCCCACUGCCUCAUGGGAUGCAUCACCUGUGGCACAAACUACACCGUCACCAUGGAGGCGUUCAGCCUCAGUGGACUCGUGUCCAACUGCACCUACCAGGGCUUCUCGUCCAGUGUCUGCUGCCCGUCAGGCGUCAGGUUGUAUGCGAUGUCUGGUGACUCUCUGCGGGUUUACUGGCGCAGCACAGGCAGCAGCCACAGCUCAGUCACUGAGCUCACGGGCAGCCGCAGCAACUACACCUGCACCGCGUCUCCUGGUGAGAACAGCUGUGAUGUUGAACACGUCCAGUGUGGGGACGUGUAUCAUGUGGUGGUAGCGCCACUCACACCAGAGGGCAGCAAAGUCCUGUUCUGUCCUCAGAGACUGUACUCAGUCACGUGUUCGGGAAGUAACGUCGGCACAGUUAUUUACCGGGGAAAGAGAAGUGUCGACUAAUAAACGAUGCAACUCAACUCCUCUUCCUCCGGCACAAGCCCUUCUCUACUGGAAUGAAGCAUGAUUGUGGUUUAGCUAAAUCAAGUUCGUGUCCAUGAUGCAUAUUUUAAGACGUAGCUUACUUUGAAGUUGCAUUAAUAUUUCAGGUCUGCGCAAAAGCAUCAGAUUGGAUUUAUGGUUUAUUAAACCAUUAAAUAAGAACAAAUGUUUAAAAGUUCUCCUCAGAUUGCUUAUAAUGAGACAUACGCAUGAUAGAAAAACAUACAUUUGUGUCUAAUCGGGGAAAAAAUGUACAAAACUUGACAUAUUGGGAAAAAGCAAUGCAAAAAGAAAGACAGCUAGUUAAAACACAUCAUAACAUAAAUGUAGUUGUUUCAUCCCCAAGUGGGCGGCCUCCUGAUGAAGCGGAGAUCUCAGGUGAAGUCAGGUGUGUGAAAUGUGUCACCCAAAAGGCCCGAUGCAUUUUUCACAAUAAUAAACAAUGCAAGCAUCACUUGUGAGUUCUGUGGUUUAUGUGUAAUCAGUUUUUGAAUCAAUAAAGAGAUCAGAGUUCUGAUUUACUUAUAAAAGAAUUUUAUCAGUAUUACAUAAUUCUACACCUCUACAGUCCAACGCAGGGCAGUGUAGACAAACCCAAGGUCACACCAAGAGACAGUAUAGUCUCCAGUCUACAACAUGAAUGUUUUUGGU